UGAAUCAAGUUGGUUACAUUCAUUUCACACACACAACACACACUACCAAAAAGCACACGCACAGAAACCCGAUCUCGUCACGCGAAAUUCAACCAAACAGUCUGAAGAAGAUAAGCCGAUACGUAUAAUUUACGCGUGCGUGUUUGUGUAUUGGUAAAUCCAUGUGUACGUGCAGCUAGAAGACGCGACUGCGUGUAGAGAGAUGACGGAGGAGGGAUCGGAGAGGGAGAACAAGGGGUUAACCUCGAUGGAUUCGAUGGAGUCGCGCUGGGUGUACCAGGAUGAGGAGGGCUCCGAGAUCGACAACGACGGCGGAUUGGAAUCGCCGCAGAGGGAUUCCGACGACGAGGAUAAUGCGGAGCAGAGGUUGAUUCGCACGGGGCCUAGGAUUGAUUCGUUUGAUGUCGAAGCGCUCGAAGUUCCCGGAGCUCAUAGGAAUGAUUUUGAGUCACAGGAAGCCACUUUAGGCAGGAGAAUAGGACUUGCAUUUCAGACACUUGGUGUUGUUUUUGGUGAUGUGGGGACUAGUCCUUUAUAUACCUUCAGCGUGAUGUUCAGCAAGGCACCUGUAAACGGGGAUGAAGAUGUUAUUGGGGCAUUGUCUCUAGUUUUGUACACGUUAAUUCUGACUUCACUGGUCAAGUAUGUGCUCAUUGUUCUUUGGGCGAACGAUGAUGGCGAAGGUGGUACAUUUGCUCUCUACUCAUUGAUAUGCCGGCAUGCCAAAGUCAGUCUUCUUCCAAACCAGUUGCCUUCAGAUGCUCGAAUAUCAAGCUUCAGGCUUAAAGUGCCAUCAGCAGAACUGGAGAGGUCCUUGAAAAUAAAGGAAAGACUUGAGUCUUCUCACACAUUGAAAAAGCUUCUUCUCAUAUUGGUUCUUGCUGGUACUUCUAUGGUGAUAGCUGAUGGUGUGGUUACACCUGCUAUGUCAGUUAUAUCUGCUGUUGGUGGGUUGGAUGUUGGAAUCUCUGGGUUUGAGCAAGAGCACGUCGUGAUGAUCUCGGUUGCAUUUCUUAUAAUUUUAUUCAGUGUACAGAGGUAUGGAACAAGUAAAGUCGGGAUUGUAGUGGGUCCUGCCUUGUUUAUAUGGUUUUGUUCUCUUGGAGGCAUUGGCGUAUACAACCUUGUCAAGUACGACAGUAAGGUUCUGCGGGCAUUUAAUCCAAUACAUAUUUAUUUUUUCUUCAAGCGCAAUUCAACAAAGGCAUGGUAUUCUCUAGGGGGCUGUAUUCUUUGUGCAACAGGUUCCGAGGCAAUGUUUGCAGAUCUUUGCUAUUUCUCUGUAAGAUCAGUGCAACUUACAUUUGUGUUCCUUGUAUUACCUUGCCUUCUGCUGGGUUACCUGGGCCAAGCUGCAUAUCUUAUGGAGAAUCAUGCUGAUACUACACAGGCCUUCUUCUCUUCUGUUCCAAGUGGAGCUUAUUGGCCCGUUUUUCUCAUAGCUAAUGUAGCAGCACUGAUUGCUAGUAGGGCCAUGACAACAGCAACUUUCUCUUGUAUUAAACAAUCCACAGCACUUGGGUGUUUUCCUCGUCUUAAGAUUAUACAUACCUCGAGGAAAUUCAUGGGCCAAAUUUAUAUUCCAGUCAUGAACUGGUUUUUGCUCGUUCUAACACUGGUGUUAGUCUGCAAUAUCUCAAGUAUAUAUGAGAUUGGAAAUGCAUAUGGCAUUGCUGAACUCGGUGUUAUGAUGAUGACUACAAUCUUAGUAACCCUUGUGAUGCUUCUCAUCUGGCAGAUAAACAUUUUCAUUGUUCUGAGUUUUGUUAUCAUUUUCUUGGGAAUAGAGCUGACUUUCCUUUCUUCAGUUUUGUGGAGUGUGGGGGAUGGAAGUUGGAUUAUAUUGGUAUUUGCCAUUGUCAUAUUCCUCAUUAUGUAUAUUUGGAACUAUGGUAGCAAGCUAAAAUAUGAGACAGAGGUGAAGCAAAAGAUGUCAAUGGAUGUGCUCCGAGAACUAGGUCCUGACCUUGGAACUGUUAGGGCUCCUGGAAUUGGCUUGAUUUACAACGAGCUGGCGAAGGGGGUACCAGCUAUAUUUGGGCAUUUCCUGACAACACUACCUGCUGUGCAUUCAAUGAUGAUAUUUGUGUGUAUAAAGUAUGUUCCUGUAUCUGUUGUCCCUCAAAGUGAGAGGUUUCUGUUUAGACGAGUCUGCCCCAAAAGCUACCACAUAUUUCGUUGUGUUGCCAGAUAUGGAUACAAGGAUGUUCGCAAAGAAAACCACCAGACCUUUGAGCAAUUGCUGAUUGAGUCUCUUGAGAAGUUCAUUCGGCGGGAAGCUCAGGAGAGAUCGCUAGAGAGUGAUGAUGAUGACUCGGAUGCUGAGGGAGAGAAUUUCUCUAGAAUUCUAAUAGCUCCAAAUGGGAGUGUAUAUUCCCUCGCUGUCCCCCUCCUAGAGGAGCUCAAGGAUACGAGCAAUUUCAUCCCAGAAGGAAGCGCAGUGAAGGAACAGCAGCAGGCACAAACAGAUGAGAUCACCCUCGAUGCUGAGCAAAGCCUCGAGAAGGAGCUGUCCUUCUUACGCAAGGCAAAGGAGUCCGGUGUGGUAUACCUUCUCGGGCAUGGAGAUAUCCGAGCAAGGAAGGAUUCUUGGUUCAUAAAGAAGCUCGUCAUCAAUUAUUUUUACGCGUUCUUGAGAAAGAACAGCAGGAGGGGGACUGCGAAUUUGAGCGUUCCGCACUCGCAUCUGAUACAGGUAGGCAUGACUUACAUGGUGUGAAACUUUGCGAUUUUUUGCAGUUCAAAAACUGGAUUCGUAACCGCUUAAUAUAUGUGGAGUUUUUGUAUAGCUUCUGCUGAUUUUCACUCCCAUCUUUCCAGUUUUUUAGGCCUGUACUCUGUUUUGAUAUCAAAUCAACACAGUCGAUUUUAAUGUGAUAUACAUGAUAGGAUUAAUAUUCUAAUUUGUGUACAAUUUGCACAUGCUGAUGUGGAUCUCACAACUAAAUAAAUACAGUAUAUAUUAGCUUUUCUCAUUUCAA